AUGGAGCCAGAAAUUGACCCAGCCUCCCUCUUCCGGCCGGGCAAGAGGCGGAAGUUCCAGCGACGCCGGCCAGAGGACAACGACGAGGAAUCGCCUUCUGCGACAGAAGAUGUUGCUCGUGUUUCAGAAUCAUCUACACCUCCGUCCUGGCAGGAUGCCCCAAGCUCUGUCCCCACAGCAGAGAUUCUUCGUUCGCGACGGCUUCAGCGAGCUCGAAAGGGUGGCAUCGAAUUCUCCGCCACCUCGCGGCCACCGGCCGGUAAGAAUAGUCAAACGGCCGUUUCAACCGUGGCGGAGGAGGAUCAAGAAAAUGAAAGAUUGCGAGCAAUGUGCGAUCGAUUCACGGCCCAUACUGGCCAAACAGUUGAUGUUGACAAGCAUAUGAUGGAUUUUAUAGAGUCUGAAAUGGCUAAGCGAUACCGGCGCGAUAAUUCGACCGAGGUUGCGAUGCAUGAUACACCUUCGGCGACUGAACCGAAAGCGGCUGCUCUGUCUUCUGCUGACCUUCCCCAACGCGAACCGGCGUCUCUUGGGAAACUGCACGAAAUUGAUCUUGGUCACGAGACUACGUUGCAGAAUAUUGCCCGUACAGAGGCAGCGACGAAGAGACUCGCCGGGGAUGGCGAUCAAAGCCCACCCACCGAGCAGAGCUCCGGGCCCAAGAUGGCCCCGGCAAAUGGGGACCAGAAGACGUGGCGCAAUCGGAAACGACGGACGAGUGAAGACAUCGAACGAGAUCGACUGGUGGAGGAAGUAUUACGGGAAAGUAAAUUGGAUGUCUACGAGGGGCCAGAAGAGGAAGGUGACGAAGCAGUGGGUGAGGAUGGGCAAGCGGCCGAUGAUAGGGUGGCAGAGCAGUUCAGAAGGGACUUUCUCGAUGCCAUUCAAUCCCGGCGUCGUGUUGCGCGAGCAAGGAAUACGAAGACAACCAAGCCUGAGGCUCCGCGCGGGCCCAAAUUGGGAGGCAGUAGAAGUGCCAGAGCAGCGAUGCGGGAGAUGCAAGAUAAGUCUACCCGUAAAUGA